UCUGACUCUCCUCCAGCCUGCGCGAGCCAGACCUAACCGCGCAGCUCUACCUGACGAAUCGCCAACCUUCAGGCAGUGUGGCUCUCGGGUGGGGCGGGAGAGAGAAAAGCAAAUUGAGCUCCAGGAAGCAGAGGGGUGUUGUGAGGAUAAACACAACCAUGUACACCACAGAAUAUAAAGGGCUCGGGAUAUGCACAAAUGGCGACUGGUCCGGGAGCAGCGGGAGGCACAGCCCCUCGGCCCCCGCCUGUCUGUGCACUCAGCCCGUGGCGAAGGGCUUUCUCCAGGGAAAGGAAAGGCACUUCUAGGACUCUCGUCUCUAUGCAACUCCGCCUGAGGCAUCGUGGAGGCGGGGCAGAGCGGUCCUCCACACGGGCGGAAGGGAAACCUCUCAGUGAUGAUGACCUGGAAACGGAAGCUGGAGACCUCUCGAAGAUCGGAAGCGAGAGAUCCAGGCAGACGGUCGCUCGGGCCGGCCGGCGCUGCCAUGGAGGAGCCCGAGCGCCGCCGGCGGAGGAAGCGGAGCCCCCGCGGAAGCCCCCCCUCGCCAGGACACCCGGGAGCCAGCAGAUCACAGUCGAAACGGAAGAUCAAGUCUUCGAGCAAAAGGAGCAAAUCUCCCCGAGAGAGAAGAAGCCGAAGUCCUCCUCAUGCGAUAGCCAAAGUCAAGCAGGAGCGAGAGGAUCGCUCCCGGAGGGGGCAUGAAGAACGGCAGCAGGACCAUUCUGAGCUGAAGUACAGGCGGGAGAGAAGCGGUGACAGGCAUCGGGACCACUCGAGCCGAAGGAAGCCCCAUCGAAAGCAGCCUGGAAGUCAUGAAAGAGAAAGGGAGGCUCAUAACCUCCAGGAGCAGGAGGCACAGAGGGAAUUUUAUAAUGAGCGCCGGCGUGAGCAUCGACAGCAGGCAGAAGAAGCAAGUGGUGACGAGGAGAACCAGCAGGCAGGGAGACCCAGCAGCAGGAGUACAGAUAAAGAGCCAUGCAAGAAAGAGAAGCCAAGCUUUGAACUGUCUGGAGCACUUCUGGAAGAUACCAACACUUUCCGCGGUGUCGUGAUCAAAUACUCAGAACCCCCAGAAGCACGCAUCCCAAAGAAGCGGUGGCGUCUGUAUCCUUUUAAGAAUGAUGAGGUUCUCCCAGUUAUGUACAUUCACAGGCAGAGUGCCUAUCUGCUGGGUAGGCACAGACGCAUUGCUGAUAUCCCCAUUGACCAUCCUUCCUGCUCCAAACAACAUGCAGUUUUUCAGUAUCGGCUCGUAGAAUACACCCGCCCAGAUGGCACGGUGGGCCGGAAGGUAAAACCCUACAUUAUUGACCUUGGCUCAGGCAAUGGCACAUUUCUGAAUAACCAGCGCAUUGAACCUCAGCGCUACUACGAACUGAAAGAGAAGGAUGUGCUGAAAUUUGGGUUCAGCAGCAGAGAGUAUGUCCUUCUCCACGAGUCAUCAGAUACCUCAGAGGUGGACCAGAAGGAGGAGGAGGAGGAGGAAGAGGAGGAGGAAGAAGAAUCUGCUUGACAGCGUCAGAAGGAUGGAUGGAUUGAUCCUUUUUGUUCUGCAGCUGUGCUCGAAUCCUUAGUGUGGAUGCUGGAGCAUUGCUGCACCAAUGCCUCUCACUGCCUUAAAGUCUACUGUCUUUUGCUGGUCGCACUCAAUUUUGGGUGCUCCUCAUACACUUGUAUUGUUGGUUCUAGGUAUGGACUGGUGAAGCCAACUUUUGGUUGUCAGGUGGCUCUUAAUCAGAAGACUCGAGUUGGCACAGCAGAUAUCAAUUUUAAAAUAAAACCUGGAAGCAACGAACCAUACUACCCAAAGCAGGGCCUCUUCAACAAACAAACAAACCCCACACAAAAUGGAAACGGCCAACACUUUCUUGUUUGCAAAUUGUUUUUUUUAAAAAGCUACUUUUUAAAAGGGGCUUGAGAUAAAGCCUCGUGCGUGUCUCUAGUCUGACUUAUUCAUGUGUUUACGGUAAAGGAGAUGUAAAGGAGUACAUCUCUGUGGUCAUGCAGAUGAAUUCUGCAUUCAAGUCAGUCUUCAGGGAUAUAUUUUGCAGGUCCUAGGCAGUGCAGUCUGGAAUGACAAAGAAAAGCUCUCUCAAAACAAACAUGUGCUCUCUCUGGCAGUGGCUUUGUAUCACUGAAGUGAAGUGGGGAUUUGAAUGUCUCUCAGAUGCCUGUACUGCCCUGUGAAUAUGUGUUUUGCUUUAUACAGUGAGUAUUUUCCAAGAAGACCUCUUUCAGGAGUAUAGUUUCCUUUGUUUAAAUUUUUCAAUGUUAAUCCUGUUUGUGUUUUCACUUGUAGCAGGAAGCAGUGUGUAAAUGGGGCAGGGACAGAAGAGCUUGUUUCACACUGCCCCUUCUGUGCCCAAAAGACAUUACACAAGCUUCUGUUCCUGUUGUUUGGUAUGCAGCUACCUUGCAAGAAAGGAAGCACAACUUGCUGUACUUUGUUUAGUAAUUUCCCUUCCUGCAUCACACUUCCUGAGAGCACUUCCUGUUUGCUUAAAUGUGGGUGUAUAUAGGAUUGUGUGCACAUGUCUAGAGCUCUACCAAAUGCACUCUAGGAUAAAGUGUAUCAUGUAAAUAUGGGGCCAAAAUGCAGGUUUUGAAAGGCUAGGUAAUGGAUAUGGACAGCAGCAUCUCAUCAGAGUCCCUACUUUUUUUAAAAAAAUAAAGGCUUUGUAAAUUUA